AUGGUUCGUGAGUGGCGGAGAUUGCAAAAAGUUGAUGAAUUGACUUAUAUGUAAGUUUUUAUUGAUAAAAAUAUCAGAAAUGCAUUUUAAAAAUUAGAUUUUGAGACGUGACCUGUAUUUAUGUUUUGAAAUUUCAUUUCUUGAAAAAUUAUCGCUUUUUUCACACAUUUCAAAUGAAAAGUCAAUUUUUAGUGAAUAAAUGUAAAUGCGAAUUAAAUUUUUUAGCGGAGAAUGCGAUUCGGAACAUCCACAAGCUCGCGUAUUCGGAGGCCAUGUUUUGGCGCAAGCCAUGUCAGCCGCUUAUUAUACAGCUCCUGAAGGAUUCUAUAUGCACGCAGUCCACUGCUAUUUUAUCCGCGGUGGCGAGGAAUCUAUCCCAAUCACUUAUAACGUCAAGAAAAUCAGGGAUGGAAGGAAUUUCGCGAUUCGAUAUGUUGAAGCGGUUCAGCACAAUAAAGUUAUUCAUUUGGCCGAAUUUUCGCUGCAAAAAUUAGCGAGUGUCAAAGACACAUUUUCGCUAACCCCAAAAUUCCCCGAGAAUGUGCCAGAUCCGGACACUUUGGUUAGCAAUAUCUCAGGAAGACAUCAGAAAAUUUCGGAAGGUUAUGAUGCUCGCGAUUUCCGCGGUCAAGUUACUGAAAGAAUGGCACCAUCUCUCGAAAUUCGCCCAGUUGAUCUCGAUUUAUAUUUGCAUGGUAACGAAGGUAUCAAUAAAACUCAACUUUUAUGGAUUCGAUAUAAAAUACCGGUGGAAAAGAGUGAUUAUAUGUUGAGACAUGCGACUAUUGUUUAUUUGAGUGAUUUGGAAUUGGUGACAACUGGAAGUUUGUGUUUUUCUGAUAAACGGUUUAAAUUACAAACUUCGAUGGAUCAUUCAGCCUGGAUACAUCAAUAUGAGUUAGUUCUUAAGCGGAAAAUGACGAAAAAAUAAAUAAUUAUGUGAAAAUAUUUUAGAUUCGACAUAAAUGAUUGGAUUUUGUACGAACAAGAGUGUGUGGCAAAUUCGAAUCAUCGAAGUUUGAUUCAUGGAAGAUUAUGGAGUCGCGAUGGACAAUUGAUUAUGUCAACGUCGCAAGAAGCAUUGAUUUAUAAAGUUCAGCCGAGUAAAUUGUGA